AUGAGAUUCAAUCUGUUACUUCUAUCACACAGAUCAUUGUCGAGAUGGAGUAUAGGAAGGAAAUAUUUCCAUUCAAGAAACCCAAUCUAUAAACAAAAAAAAAAAGAUGUUCAUCCUAAGGAACCAGCCAUCACCAGAUUUGCUCCUUCGCCAACAGGAUUAUUACAUUUGGGAUCUCUUAGAACAGCUUUAUACAAUUAUUUACUAGCUCGUAACACUGGUGGUAAAUUUAUCCUACGGUUAGAAGACACUGAUAGGAAAAGAUAUCAUGAACAAGCAGAAUCCAAUAUCGUGGAUACACUAGAAUGGUGUGGAAUUCAUUGGGACAGACCUAUGUUUAAACAAAGUUUAAGAACUACAGAAGGUUUAUAUGCAAAAUAUGUAGAUACUUUAUUAAAGAAAAGAGUAGCAUAUAAAUGCUUUUGUUCGAAAGAAAGACUUGUUUCACUGAGACAUGAAGGAUACGAUAGACAUUGUGAAAGAUUGACUGAAGAAGAAUGUAAUAAAUUAGAGCAUGAACAAAAAAGACCAUAUACUGUAAGAUUGAAAAUGGAUAAGGGGGCAAUUUAUGUAAAUGAUUUAUUACACGGAAAGGUGUUGAUUGUAGAAAGGAAAGAACGUCGUGGAUUUGAUGAUCCAGUAUUACUAAAAUCAGAUGGAUACCCUACAUACCAUUUGGCUAAUGUGAUUGAUGACCAUUUAAUGGGUAUAACACAUGUUGUUAGAGGGGAAGAAUGGUUAUCAUCAACACCCAAGCAUUUGGCACUAUAUGAAGCAUUUGGAUGGACUCCACCGAAAUAUAUACAUAUUCCAUUGUUAACCAAUUUAUCAAAUGACAAAAAGCUGAGUAAGAGACAUGGUGAUUCAUCUGUGUUAGGACUAAAAAAUGCAGGGAUUCUACCUGAAGCAUUAGUUAAUUUCGUGGCUUUAUUAGGUUGGUCUCCGCCAAGAGAUUUUAGUCAGAAGACUCAUGAAUGUUUUACUUUAGAUCAACUAGUAGAAAUAUUUAAUCUAAACCAUUUGACAAAGGGGAAUGUGAAAGUGGAUAAUAAGAAAUUGAAAUUUUUCAAUAAACAUUUCUUGCAAAAAAAAAUUCAUUCAAAAGAAAUUAACAGUUUAAUAAAGACUUUAAUACCUGAAUGUAAAACAAAAUUUGACCCUAAAAUAAUAUCAGAGAAGUUGAUCAGAGAAAUUCUAAUAAAAUGUGGCAGUUCUUUGAAUAGCAUCACUGAAUUUACAAGUACCUUUGAAUACUUCUUUCAAAGACCAAUAUAUCUCGAAGAAUAUGGAUCAUUUAUCAAUGCAAAUAAUAGGGAAAAUAUUAUAAAAUUAGUUGCAUAUGUAAGGGAACAAUUAAAUUCAAAAAAGGACAUCCAUCAAAUUCUGGAAAAUGUGAUUACAGAUCGGCAUGAGCGGCAAGAUCUAAAUAAACAAACAGUUUACAAGAGUAUUAGGUAUGCAUUAACUGGAUUAGGAUCAGGGGUAAAACUGCCCGUGAUAGUAGAUAUUUUAGGUUUAAAAAGCACACAACAGAGGUUGCAGGACUUUGAAUAUUAUCUUCAAAAUAAAUUGAAAUUAUAA